AUGGAGCUUGGUGGAAGCGAGGUGACUUGCUUGGAAUCCUUAGCAAGGAAGCUCAGGAGGGCGGGAACUCCGCAGCAGUCCGGGAAUCUGGGACUCCGAAGCCCUUUGGCAGGCAGCAUCUGGCCGGCGGCAUCUCCCCCACGCAUGCUGGAUUCAGGCUCCUGCAGCAAGCUGCCAGGUCAACGGGCUGCGCUAACCCCCUCCCCGCCUGUAGGCGUGAAGACCCCUCUGUGGAAAAAGGAGGUGGAGGAGCCCGAGGCCAGGGAGGAGGAGCUGGAGGACGAGUCGUCGUCGUCGUCGUCAUCGUCGGAGGUGGAGAGGCCGGACCCCGAGAGCGCGGCGGAGGUCGAGGAGGACGCCCGUGAUGCGGAGGAGCGAGAGGCCCGCUCGGUGUCCUACUGCCCUCUGCGCCAGGAGUCAAGCAGCCAGCAGGUGGCGCUGCUGCGACGCUCGGACAGCAGCUUCUGGGGCUGGCUAAGCCCUUUCGCGCUACUGGGUGGCCUAGCGGGCCCUGCGGACAGGAAGCGGGGUGCCCCGGAAGAACCGUGUGUGUUGGAGACGCGGCGGCGACCACCGCGCCGAGGGGGCUGUGCGCGCUGCGAGAUCCUUUUCUGCAAGAAAUGCAAGAGCCUGCAUAGCCACCCGACCUACAUAGAGCACUGUAUUCUGGAGCACCCUGACCCGGGUAGUGCGGAGGCCGCUGGGAGUUCUGAGCUCAUCCACUCCCAGCCUCUGCGCCCGCAAUGCUCCAAACUCUUCUAUCUCUAGUGUGUUCCACAGAACUGUCCUUUUAAGCCGCC